GCAUGCUCGGCCGCCGCUGCUGCGAGCGGGCUGGGAGCGCUGGUGCCCUGCCGGCCGGAGCGGCGGCGGCGGCGCGGGACAGCAUGAGGGAGCCACUCGUGUGUGUCCUGCCACAUCGACCAUUGCAGCAGAUGAGCUUGGACGAGGCCGGUGCAUUAUGUACAGCGUAGAAGACCUCCUGAUUUCUCAUGGAUACAAGCUGUCAAAAGAUGUUCAGGCACCACACGAGGCUCACUAUGAGGAGCGCCAGCCAGUGAGGACCAGAGCGAGAGGGGGCCAAGGCCUGCUGAACGGGUGUGAGGAUGGACCUGCUGCCUUCCCACACAGUAAGGCGUAUGCAGGGACAAGAGCCGGGAGUGAUUCUGACAAGGGCCGCCAUGCGCUGAGAGCUCACGGAGAGCCCCCGAGUGCCUCUGCGGCCAGAAUGUCUGAGGAGGGGUUUUACCAACCACCCAUGCCAGCGUGGUCCUCUCAGCACCAGGCCGGUCACAGCCACGCCUGUUGGAGGAGAGGACAGGAGGCCAGUGGCUUGCUGGGUCCCAGAGACCGAGAAGACCUGGAGGUCAGAGGAAUGGCCCAAGCCCCCAGCCUGCCCGUCCACAUGAGGGAGGGUCCAUGGGAAGUUGGAGGAAGGACAGAGAAUGUGAUGAAGAAGGCGGUUUGGGAAGAAGAGCUGAGAGUGGCGGGUCCUGCCAAGUGGCAGAAUGUAAGCAUGGAAAGCUGGAACCAGCCGAGGAAGUUAGGAAGGCAGAUGUCUGAUGGUGAUGGGGAGAAACUGUUUCAAGAUCUGUACCCAUUCAUGCAAGGAGAACGUGUGUUGAAUUCCCAAAGCAAAGGAAAAUCCCGGUCAUUGCCUAAAGUUCUCUCCCCCAAGAGCCUGAGUUGCAUGGAGAUUCCCUUGAGCCAUGGGCAUUUACCAGGUGUUCCUAAAAUGCCAUUUUACCCUCCAAAUUGUGCACCGAAUUUUGAAUCCACAGGGAACCCCGAGAAGGGCGGCUCCUCGGCCCCUUUACCGUGGCCAAAGUUCGGGAGACCCCUGAAGCCUCCAUCCUACGACUCCCACCAACACUCCAGGGGCGGAGUGGACAACAGCGACUGCCUGGACAGCCAGCAGACAGACCCGAGUGUUUCCUACGUGGCCAGAUCUAAUAACCCCCGGCAGGAGCUCGGCCUGCCUGACGCUGGCCUAGAGCCGCCCGUGUACGUGCCUCCGCCAUCAUACCGGUCGCCGCCCCAGCACAUCCCAAACCCCUACCUGGAGGAGGCAGCGCCCGGGCGUGUGUGUGAUGGUCACCGUCCUCCAUCUGAGGAGGCUGCUGCCAGCGGUCAGCUUCCUACUGGUUCUCUUGGGACUGGGAACGAGGAUGGUGUGAGCCCACACUCUCCUCAAAGGUUCCCGCAACAGCCCCAUCCCAUCACUGCUUGUGACAGCUCUGUUCUCUAUAUUCCCUUUGAUGACCCACGGAUACGACAUAUUAAACUGGCCCGACCCCAGGGUUUCUGUGAAGAAACAAAGGUGGAUGAGAAAUCGUACAACUCUGGUGCGGUCUCUGCCCCCCAGGCACCUCAUGGAAACAUGCACCGUGAUGGUGCUGUCUUGAACCCACAGAGCAUCAUGCCCCCAUCGGGGAGUAAGAGAGGCCCCGCUCCUGCCGAUCCCAACCCCCGGUGGCUGUGGGGCCAGCUCCCCAGGGAGGGAGAAAAUGGUGGUUUUCCUGACCAAAGAGACCAGUGUGUUAUGAGAGGACAGUGGCCUGACUUGAGAGGCAGCCAACAUGGACAAGCAGAAAGCCAAGUCUCCUCCCCAAACCCACAGGGCGAGAGUACCUGCGAAACUCGAACCAAGCUCAAAAAGUUUGAAGCUGGGAUUCAGACCAAAAAAAGUUCAAAGAAAAAAAUGAACGAGACGAUAUUUUGUUUGGUUUCCAUCCCAGUGAAAUCAGAAUCACAUCUGCCAGAUACAGAUACGAACAACAAUGACUUAAAACAGAGUACUGAUAAAAAGCACAGGCUCGAUAAGAGCAUGGCUCUGCAGGAGCAGAGUCUGCUGAGCAUGUCUUCCACCGACCUGGAGCUGCAGGCUCUCACAGGAAGCAUGGCCGGGAGAGCAGAGUUCCCAAAGCAGGAUCUGGGGGAGCCAGAAGAAGACAAACAAACAGAUGACCUCAGAUUCAUUCACCCCACGAAACACAGAGAACGCCAGUAUUCUGGCUCAUGGCCAGGGCACCAGUACAGAGAUCAGCAAACACAAACCACUUUCAUGGAAGAAUCCAAAAGCCCGCAGCCCCCCUCUGCUGAGAAGUCGGAAGGGUCACCUAAUGCAGUGCUGACUCCCAAAUUUCUAGACCCUUCUUCCUCCAAAGCUCAGGUGCACACGGCAUUAGCUUCCAGUGACCAGUACCAAAGGCCGAAUGUUCAUCACCUGAAAGGUCAACUGUCCCUCAACCCUUCUAGCUACAGUGCUUUUUCAAGGACUUCCUUAUUCAUAAACCAGGCCCCCGUGCCAAAAGUGGGCCGGAGUCAGUCCUGCGUGGAUGGCCAUGGACGUGGAGCCAGCCCCGUGUCCAGAGGCGAGGUGGUGAAGGGGGCAACCACAGGUCCGUGCAACAGUCAGCAGCUGUUUGGUCAGUUUCUUUUAAAACCAGUUAGCCGUCGCCCCUGGGAUUUGAUAAGUCAGUUAGAAAGUUUUAAUAAGGAGCUUCAGGAAGAGGAAGAGAGUAGUCACAGCAGCAGCGGCAGUGAGGACAGUGAGAUUGAGUGGCGGCCAGAGGGCCGUGCUGACUGGACAGCCAAGAACUUGGGCUUCAGAGAAGACAUCCAGGAAAGGAGGGCGGAGGAACCACCAAGGAGGCUGGUGCUGGAGGAGCCUGGGUCUGGGUCGGGAAGAGUGAAGAGUAAGUCUGAGAGUUGGAGUGAGGAGCAGAAGCCUGCCGCCUGCCACCAGGGUGCUUAUCUGCAAUACCUGGGCCCCUCGCAGGUGGAGGACAGCAGAGGUGAAGCGUUACCGCCAGCACAGGGGAGCUUGAGUACAGAGAAGAGAAACCAGGAGGUUGGGAGAAGAAUAAAGGAGCUAGCACUCAGCCCAGGUCCUGUGAAAAGAAUGAUGUGUCCUAGGUCAAGAGAUACAGUGUCCUCAUCCAAUACAGACGAACUGAGGGAGCCCCAGGAAAGGCAGGAACCCCCCGGUGUUUUAAGGUCUAUGGAGCUGAGCAAAGCAACCCCUUUGAAGCCUGGUGGUGGGGAGCAGAGGGGCACAGUGGUCCCGCUCUCUCUUGCUAACAAACCUCGAGGACUCUCUGCCCCAGACUUGAGGUCUGUGGGGCUGACCCCAGCACAAGAGCCCAGUGCCAGUAAGUUAGAUAGAUCUUCAGGUGAAGCGAGUGCAAUAGAAAUUCCCCCAAAUGAGUCCCUUCAGGCAAGGGCUGCGAGGAUCCUGGGCAUCGAGGUGGCCGUGGAGUCCCUGCUCCCAGGCGCAAGGGGAAUGGGACAUAACCAGCACCCGGAGCAUGAUGGCAGUGCCCACAGGUCGGUGUCCCCUCGGGAGGAGCCAGUGUCCAGCACAGCACAGCUGGGUGACCCCACAGCGUCCACUGAUGCCUUUUAUGGCAGGAGGAAGUGUGGCUGGACGGAAAGCCCUUUGUUUGUGGGGGAAAGGGACAGUGCCCGACGGGCUCCCUGGACUUCUGAGCGCUCAGGUGUGGAGGGAGCCAUCCCCAGCAAGGACCCCGACCCCGAAUCUCAGCCCAGUGCUCCGGAGUCCAAGCCCUUCAGUCCUGAGGACACGAGGACAAAACCACCAUUCAGGUCCACUUUGUUCCAUUUUAUAGAAAGGACUUCAAGUGUGGCAGGCUCAGAAAAGAAGCUCAGAAGUACUUCCAAAGUGAUCGAAAGUUUACAAGAGAAACUGGCUUCCCCCACCAGGAGAGCCGACCCUGACCGUUUGAUGAGGAUGAAAGAGGUGAGCUCCAUGUCUCGGAUGAGGCUCCUGAGCUCCCGGAGCACAGACUCCACGGAGGAUGCCGAGGAACUGAAGGCUGAGAAGGGCUCCGGGGCUCAGCCGGGAGGCCUGGCAUCUCCCACCACUGCGGACCUGGCCCGGAAGGCGGGAAAUGCAUUCUCUGUCUCCAAGGGUGCCCGCCCACCGGAAGAGAAUGGGCAUUUGGCAGCUGGAAGGGAGAAGAAGAACUUUGAUCAGGACUUCUGGUGCCCAGACUCCUACGACCCUAGCAGAGUGGAGAGGGUGUGAUGAGAUGGCAGUGAAGUGCAGGCCCGCCAUAUCUGCUGACUGAGUGUCCCUUGGUUUUGUCUGUCAGCCGGCUUGCCCGUGUGCCCAGUGGAAGCUGCUGGCUUUUAGUGCACUGUGACGCCCAUGACCACUGCUACCCGGGGACUCGUCGUGCCUACGCAAUCGCUGUGUGGAUAUAAAGGAGUAGUCUGUUGAAAUGAUCUGUUUUGAUACCAUGAAGAGCUAAUACUUACUUAGAAAAGAGUCACAUAGACUCUCUCCUGAAUGAUGGAUUUAGCCAAGCUGGUAAAUAGUUUGGUGUUAAUCUAGUUCUGUGACAAUUUGAACGUGGACAAUUGAGUGAAUGAUUUUGAAAGGACUGUGAAUGUCAUGAAUUCCCCGUCGUGUCCCCAGGGCCUGCGGUCCAUGCUUACGUCCAGGAGCGUGGGACAUAGGCCAUUACCCAGUGUUUCUGCACUUUGAGUUUAGGGGAAAUGUGAACGAGUGUGUCUGAUCCAUUUCUAAUCAAUUUGGCCUUUUGCUGCUGGAAGUAACUUACAAGUAACUUGCCAUCAGAGACUAAAAGCAAUAUCUUUUUAAGCUUCUAAAAGAUUAAAACUUGCUAUAAUGUACUAAGAGUAUUAUUUAUCUGGUAAUGAAAUACCACGAUCAUUCGCAAACAUGCCAUCGUCUGCUUUGCACUCAGUAUUAUCUAUUUUUAUUUCCUGUAUGGACACUUGGAAAAUCUUUAUAUGAAAAAUAAUUGCUGGUUUAAAAUAGACCAUUUUAACAAAGUGACUAUAUUUCUUUUUACAAAAAUGCUAUUUUUCUAUGUUGUAAACAGUUGUUAGGUGGCAGAUUUUUAAGGAAGUAUUAUUUUAUUUAAGAAUCUGUAUCCCUUUGUGUGAGAGGGACCCAGAGAGGGUUCACGUUUGCUUUAAAGCAUAUAUCCCUUACCCAUUGACAAUUCUGCUAUUUCUAUUCUAUCUUAGAAAACGAUGUCAAUAUAGAUAUUUUACAGGGUUUAUCAAAUAAACUUUUAACAACAAAUUUUUUUACAAAUAUAGCUAUAAGGUUAUAUAACCCUCUCAAAACCAGCCAACAUCCUUAUGACAAUUUUUGCUGCCACGUCCACUAGGAUUACCAAAAAGCAUAGUUUCAUCUCUGUACAUCUAUGGAGCUCUGCCCUGAGACCGUACUUUCCUCCCCUUGCCCCCUACCCCUUUAAGAAAUACGUAUUUUUAUCCAGAAUGAUCCUUACUUAGUCUCUGCAUGUUUUUUAAAGUGCUAGAGACAUUUUAAAUAUGCCAUUACAAAAGUAUUAUGAGGCCUAUGUAUUCUACUGUGUUUACUAUUGCAUUAACCUGCACAAAGUUUAUGCAUUUUUUAAUGCAUUUGCCUAUUCUUUCUAAGUAAGGUAUUCUUCUUAGCUAACAUUUCCUGAAUAGAUUCUUGUCUCUUCCCUCCCUU